CACUGCCAUCGCAAAGGAACUGAUUAUGUCAGAUUUUGUAUCAAACCUGCUGUUGAGGAGUACAUCAGUAGAUCACUGGGAGUCAACAUUGUGGAGGAAAUUUUGACAAGUUGCCAUUCACCAGAGUACAGUUCACGCUCCUUUUUCCAGUACAACAUUCAAAAGGAGUUGCUGCAAAAGAAUGACUUUGAGAGUUUUGUCAAGUACAUUACAAGGUAUGAAAUAUUUGUUAAGGAUUGGAUAUUUCAGCAUGUCCUGCAAAAAAUGUCAGAGGGCCAGACUCUGUGCAAACUGAAGAAUGAAAUUCUGCAGGUCAUAGUUGACAAAAUCACAAAAGCAUUAAAGCAGUCCACAAAACGCAGUGAUGGCACUCCGCUGCCAGACAACCAGGAAAGUAUCCCAGAGCUCAUCAACAACAUGCGAACGUGUUUAAAUAAAGACAUCUCAAUUUCUGUGGAAGAUGAAAAAACCAUCCUGUUUCAGAUCCAAAGCACAUGCCAUCAGUUUACAGACAGCCUGUUUAAAUCAUUACAUGACUUAAAGGAAGAGCUGAAGGAGGAAAUCUCAAACUCUGAUGACAUCUCUGAAACUCUGAAAAAACUCCCAACCAAACCACAAGAUGAGCUCUUUAAGCAAGUGUUUGGCUGUGGAAAACAAUGUCCUUUCUGUAAAGUUCCUUGUGAGGCUGGAGGCAAAGAACACAAGGAGCAUCAUGCAGCUGUGCAUCGUCCUCAAGGUCUUGGCAUGUACAGAAAUAUAAAAACGCAGGAGUUGGUUGAAACACUGUGUACAACAGAUGUCCACAGCGAAAAAACAUUCAGAAGCGCAGACACUGAGGGGAAGUUCCAUCCUUAUAAAGACUAUGCCACAUACUAUCCAGAGUGGCACAUUCCUCCUGACCGCACCAUCCAGGCUUCUGACUACUGGAAGUAUGUCCUGGUAAAAUACAAUGACAGAUUUGCUGAAGAAUACAAAGCCAAGCCUGCUGUCGUUCCAGAGUCCUGGAGAAGCAUCACAAAGGAACAAGCACUGAAAGGUUUAAAAGAAGCCUUCAACAUAAAGUGAACAUCGCACAACUCUGACAAAUAUCCUUAAACAAGAAACAUUUACACACCUCCUGUUUUUUGGGUGCAAACAGAGGAAGUGGAGUGGCAGAAUCAUAUGGCACUGAACAAGUUAGGGCCUUCAGCAAAACAACUUGUUUCACAUGUUUUCCUUACUAAGAGAAAUGGAAGUCUUCAAAGAAAGACAGAAACACGGCUUCAAAUAAUUGAAGUGUGAACACCUGAUUUAUAUUUUUUAUGUUUCUAUGAUAUGAUUUAGUUCAUCUGAUUGAAGCAGUUAUGUUAAACUUUUUAACAUGUCUUUUUUUGUGUUUUUAAAUAUAACAAUCAUUUUGUUUCGUACAUUUUCUUUCAGCACUCUUACUACAGUGCAUGAAUAAGGCAAUGGCUCUGAUGUAAGUUUCAAAGGACAAAUCAUGUCGUUUUUGUUCUUCUUUCAGUUACCUUUUGUGUUUAAGACUUUCUUUUCUUUUCAAAGAUAAUGUCAGAAGGUGUGUACAAUGUGAGGUCAGUAUGAGUGACAAGCUGACCAUGACAGAUGAUGAACAUGAAAACAGAUAGCAUGUUGUUGUUUUUAUAUUUUGGAAGAAUUCUGAGUUGUUUUUUAAUCUCUCUUUAUGUUCAUGUUUUAUUUUUUAUGCCAUUUUAACAAGUGUGCACAAUAAUGAUGAUGGCAAUGAUGAUAAUGUUCUUCAAGACCACGUACAACAUGUGUUUUUUUUGUUUGUUUUGAUGAGAAAUUAAACAGUUUGUUGUUUUUUAUGUUGUUGUGUGGCUCUGUGUAUUAUAACUGGUACACAGUAAAGAUGAUGAAAUGAUGAUUUACUAUACGGAGACGAUGUGGGGGAUAAAGAGAUGAUCUGCAGAGUAUGUGUCUGAAUGGUUCAUUCAUUGAAUCACAUUUAGAGUUUUGAUUGUCCUGAUUAAAUAAUGUGUCACAAGAAAACUAAACAUGUUGGAUACAGUCAGAAAAUAAGAAACGUUGAUGUCACUGACUUGAAGUGCUGACUAACAUUGUUUGUUUUGUAUUUCUGACAUAAAUCUUCUUGUGUUUUUAGUUAUAUUUUGGCCUUGUUGUUUUAAUGUUUUUGCUCAGUCAUAGAGCUACAGUAUAGUGAUGCUGAUGUAGUGGAUGAUGACGUUCUCAUACAAUAACAGUUUGAAACAGAUGUUUAAAAAAUAUAAUCACAAGUUUGAAUGUUUUUACUUUUCUAUUUGUAUUCGUCAUAGGAAAAAAAAACAUGUUAAUCUUUUGAUGUGUUUUUGAUUUAGUCAGUGAAUAUGUGAUUUUAAUCUUCCUGAAUUUGAUAUUGAUGUUUAAAAGUUGUCUGAAGAGGCCGAUAGCAGGAAAAGUGAGGCCAAAUCUUGUUAUUUCAGACAGACGAUGAGUUCAGCAAGCUGGACGUGAUAUUUACAUGUUCUUAAUUCUGUUUUUGAUGUUUUUGAUGGAAAAUGUUGUGUUCUCUUAAUUCUAUAUGACAAGUGAUAAAUAUGAUAUACUGUAUGUAUAAUAAAUGUGAAAAUGGGCCUAAAGCCACAAAUGUUGAGUUAAAUUGUGAUUAAAGAUUUCAAUUGAAAUUA